AUGUCUGAUCCCAACAACCCCAACAUCAAGACCAGAACCACUCCUCAGUGGUCGCUCUAUCAGCGAGAAUCUUUCUGGGAUGCAAACAAUGGAAAAUAUGGCCUCUUCAACACUGAUCCCGCUGAAAUUGAGAAGCUUGCAAAGGAGAAGCUCUCGCAGGGUGGCUGGUACUAUUCCUCUUGCAAUGCUGGAGUGUCUUGGACCCAUCUUUCCAACCGACAGGCUUUCUACCGACACCGAAUUGUCCCUCGCAUGCUCGUCGACACCAAUCUGAGAGACACUGCAACCGAGAUUUUCGGCCACAAGGUAUCUGCUCCCAUUGGAUUCGCUCCCAUUGGCAUCAACCGCAUCUACCAUCCCACUGGCGAGCUGUCCGUGGCCAAAGUAGCCCAGGAGCUCAACCUCGCAUACUGCCUGUCUUCUGCCGGAAGUUACAGCAUCGAAGACGUUGCAAAGGCCAAUGGCUCUGGGCCUCGCUUCUUCCAACUCUACCAGAGCCCCGACGACGAGCUCUGCCUCUCCAUGCUCCAGCGCGCUUUUGACAAUGGAUUCGACGCCUGUAUGCUCACCACGGAUACCUGGUCUCUUGGAUGGCGCCACAACGAUGUGUUCACUGGAAACUAUGCAUUUUACCAUGAGCACGGAGCUGGUGACCUUGGUCUUCAAGACCCCGUCUUCCAGAAGCGUCUUAAGGAGGCAGGAAUCGACCCGGCCAAGAACCCCAAGGAAGCGGGUGCAAAGUGGAUUGAUGAGAAUAUCUGGCACGGCCGCGCCAUUACUUGGGAGAAGAUGAAGUGGACUAUGGAGCAGUGGAAGAGAAUCAGUGGAGGACGCCCAUUCUGCCUGAAGGGCAUUCAGAGCGUGGAAGAUGCCAAGAAGGCAGUUGAGCUUGGCGUUGACGGCAUUGUCGUAUCAAACCACGCUGGACGACAGGUCGACGGAGGUAUCUCAUCUCUUGACGCUCUUGAGAAGAUUGUCGAUGCCGUCGGAGACAAGAUCUACAUCAUGUUCGAUUCCGGAGUCCGAUCUGCCGCCGACGCUUUCAAGGCGCUCGCCAUUGGCGCCAAGUUUGUCUUCAUCGGCCGCCUUUGGGUGUGGGGUCUCAGCAUUGCCGGCGAGCAUGGUGUGCGGCAUGUCUUGAAGAGCCUGUUGGCCGAGUUUGACAUCUUGAUGGAAGUAGGUGGCUUUGUCAAGGUGAAGGAUAUUAAUCGUGGCUGCAUCGACUCGUUGCCCAACUCGUCCAAUUUGAUUGCGGAGCACUCGCAGAUCUGA